AUGCCCCCCCUGCAGACGUACAGCGAGCGCCCCGUCGUCCUCUUGACCAACGACGACGGCCCCCCGUGCGACUCCUCCCCCAACAUCUUCUCCUUUGCCAAAACGCUGCAGGCCCGUCUCGGGUGGGAUGUGCGGGUCGUCAUCCCCGACUCCCAAAAGUCCUGGGUCGGCAAGGCGUAUGCGAUCAGCGACAUUGUCUCCGCAAGCUACUUCUAUCCCCAAGAGCCUCAAGGCCUCACCGGCGACGUCAGCCCUGUCCGUCGCCCUCUCAAACACGGCGAGUCCAUGGAAUGGGUCCUCCUCUCUGGCACCCCCUCGUCAUGCGCCAAUAUCGCACUACACAACCUCUACCCUGGGGAGAUCGACCUCGUCAUCUCCGGACCCAACCACGGUCGCAACUCUUCCACCGCGUUUGCCCUUUCCUCUGGAACAAUCGGCGCCGCCCUCGCUGCCACACUCUCUGUCCCCCUCCCCGGCCCUGCCCCCCUGGCUUCCCUGCACACCGAGCACGUCCCCUGCAUCGCCCUAUCCUACGCCGUCGUCUCCCGCCCCGUCCCGCCCCGUCUCCUCGCCCUCGCCGCCGAAACUUCCGUAGACGUCUGCAAAAGACUGUUUGACAACUGGGGACACGACUCUGUCCCGGGAAAGGGCGGCAAGGUACAAAUCUACAGCGUGAACGUACCCCUUGUAGAGGAGUAUCUCGAAAAAGGAAAUCGAAAAGCCGUGUAUACAGAAUUAUGGAAGAAUGCGUACGGCCGCUUGUUUAAACCCACCGCGCUCGACACCACACACUUUGACCCGGGAGACGACCCCGACCAAGGAAAAAAGGACAUCACCGAAAAUCAACCCAACAGACCGCAAGCCCUCCCCGUCCCGGCACACACCGAAACAUCAAAAGGUACACCCGGCCCCGCCGCCCUCCCUACACCAUCCCCAACGCCCACCCCCGUCAACGCUGCUGAUCCUGCUCACAACCCACAACAGCAACAACAGCUGAAAUUCCGUUUCGCACCCAAUCUCCAACCGGUCCUCUUCCCCCGCGAGGACACUUUACCAGAAGGAACGGAUGCGUGGGCGUUGGCAAGCGGGUAUGUGAGCGUGACGCCGUUGCGGGCAGAGUAUAAUUGUAUUCCCGUGGGGCAGUUUGGAAGCGAGCUGUAAAUUCUUUUCGUUGGCUCCGCCAUCAAGCUGCUGGCAAAAGGCUACAACACUCAUGUACAGAAAACUACAAAAACACAUCUAUGGACAUGCAUAAGCAGAAUGAAACUUGUAG